AAUUUUCUUAUCUAAUUAUUGGGUUUCAUGAGAAGUUUAGCAUGGCAGAAGUUGAUGGACUGAACGAUCAUGAUGAGCCUUUGCAAGGGGAGAGAUAAUAUCAGCCGCAGAUCAUAUCCGCCAUGGAUGGAAUUGAAGUCCUUCCAGGGUCCUUGGGAACCAGCACCAGCUUGUCGCUCAGAUUGGGGCAGAUCAUCUUUUCCUCUGCUUCUCUUCUCUUCAUGUCAUUGGGAGUUGAGUUCUACAACUACACUGCUUUCUGCUUCUUGGUGACAACCAUGGGUCUAGUGAUUCCAUGGAGUUUCACAUUAGCAAUGGUGGAUGGGUUCUCAAUCUUUGCUGGGUGUCCUUUUCGUCAUUCAGGAAUACUACUGAUCGUUGUCAUAGGAGAUUGGGUCUUAUCGAUUCUCACACUCGCAGCAGCUUGUGCAUCAACGGGUGUCAUAAAUUUCCUGCUCACCAUUGAUGGGCUUCACUGUGUUCCGAAGUUCUGCUGCAGAUAUGAGCUAUCUACAGCAAUGGCCUUCAUGGCUUGGUUUCUCUCAGCUGCUUCAUCUCUUUUCAACCUUUGGCUACUCCCUUCUUUGUCAUAACUGAUAACUUCCUUGUGGUGGUCACCAUUUGGUGUU